GGCCGGAGGGCCUGCCGGGACUGCUGCGCGGUGGUCGCCCGCCCCUUCCCCCGUCACCGCCGCUAUGUACCGGACCAUGUACGGCUUCCGCUCGGCCGAGCCCAGCUCUCUGGCCUUCGCCGCUGGCGAGACGUUCCUGCUGCUGGAGCGGAGCAACCAGCACUGGUGGCUGGUGACUCGCGCGGGCUCCGGGGAGACAGGCUAUGUGCCGGCCUCUUACCUGCAGCGCUUACAGGUGCUGGAACAAGAUGUGGUUUUGCAGUCUAUUGACAGAGCUAUCGAGGCUAUUCAUAAUGCAGCAAUGAAGAAUGGGGGAAAAUACAACUUGGAGCAGAGGGAUGUCCUCCAGAAGUUGAUCCAUCAUCGGAAGGAAACUGUUUCCCGCAAAGGUCAUUCACCAUCUGCUCAAGGGAUGACUCCAUCCUCCAGUGAUCAUCAUCUGGAUCUAGCCAGGCAACCCAACGGUUUUUGCCGGACAGGAUAUGAGCGACACCACAGUUUGCCAAACACUGAGACCCAAGAGGAAGAAGGCAGCCUUUACCAGAUCCCACCACAGCCGCGCCGUUCUGCUCCCAUUACUCCCCCGCCGCCAGAGAAGCGCAAGAAUAUCCAGACAGCUGCCUCCAUUAAAAAUGCAGUUGAAAUCACUUCUGGGUCAGUUUCCAGUGCCUCUUCUGUAAGUACAACUUCACUGGAUACCUUGUACACAGGCUCUACGGAGUCAGGACUCCCGACUGCUACUCCCAGCCCCAGCAACACCCCUCCCCCUGUUCCCAGCAGAAGUGCACACACAAUGAUAUCACACGGCUUGGAUAUUAGUCCUGUCACUCAAAGAAAACAGGAAAGUGCAAAUAAAUCCCCCCAGACCAAAAGGGCUGCCCCGCAGCCUCCCAUGCAAACAGAGGCUCUUAAUGAAAAUGAGGAAAAGAGCUUGCAGGCCAAGGAGACUGUGCCAGCUGUUCCUGCCGAGUUAGAAGCCUUUGACUCCCUUUGCCUUGAAGAUAAGAAGACAUCUGGUUUGGAGGCUGUGGCCCUGGAAUCAUCUGGCCUGGCAGUAUCUGUGCCGAAGACAAUAGGUGCCGAAUUGAUCGAACUAGUCCGCAGAAACACAAAUCUCAGCUACGAACUCUCCCGAGUUGCCAUAGGUGUGGUCAUUGGCCACAUUCAGACUUCCAUUUCUGCCACUAGUAGCAUCAUGGAACAGAUUCUCAUCUCACUGGUGGAAAACAAGGAUCUGUGCUCUGGGCUGCCAUCUGGACAGAUCUGCCAUGAUGAGCAGAGGCUCAAGGUGAUAUUUGCAGAUCUGGCUCGCCAUAAAGAUGAUGCUCAGCAGCGUAGCUGGGCCCUCUAUGAGGAUGAAAAUGUCAUUUGCUGUUAUUUGGAGGAGCUGCUUCGUAUUCUGACAGAUGCAGAUCCUGAAGUUUGCAAGAAGAUGUGUAAGAAAAAUGAAUUUGAAUCCAUUUUGUCACUUGUAACCUAUUAUCAAAUGGAGCACAGGGUCCCAUUACGACUGCUGCUUCUUAAGUGCUUUGGAGCAAUGUGCAACUUGGAUGCUGCCCUGAUAUCUGCUCUGGUGAAUUCUGUCUUGCCAAUGGAGCUGGCCCGAGACAUGCAGACUCAUACACAAGACCAUCAGAAGAUGUGCUACUCUGCAUUGGUGCUGGCUAUGAUAUUCUCUAUGGGAGAACCACUGCCAUAUCAUCAUUAUGAGCACCUGAAUUCCCAGUUUGUCCAGUUCCUGUUGGAUGUAAUUGAAGAUGGCUUGCCGUCAGAUACCACUGAACAGUUGCCUGAUUUGUUUGUUAAUGUUCUUCUGGCUUUUAAUCUUCACAUUCCAGUUCCUGAACAUAAUGUGAUCAUGGUUACUGUGAGCAAGCACCCCAAUGUCAAAAUCUUCACAGAAAAGCUGUUGCUGCUCCUGAAUCGGGGAGAUGAUCCUGUGAGCAUCUUCAAGCAUCAGCCUCAACCCCCACACUCCGUGCUGAAAUUCCUCCAGGACAUUUUCGCUAGCAAGGACACUGCAAACAUCUUCUAUCACACUGACAUGAUGGUAAUGAUAGACAUAAUUGUGCGGCAGAUUGCAGAUCUCUCCCCUGGAGAAAAGUUACGGAUGGAGUACUUGUCUCUGAUGCAUGCUGUCAUCCAGUCCACAAUGUACCUGCAGCAUAAACACCGUUUCACUGACUUGCAAGGGAUCUUGCAGCGCAUAAUGGUGGAAGAAGAGGAGAGUCCCCAGUGCCAGAUGGAUAAAAUGAUCAUCCAAGAGAUCUAUAAAGAGUUCCCAGAAAUAUCCCCUGGGGGAAGCUAACUAGCCUAGGAAGAGAACUGUUUAGAGUAAAAAAUACCUUUUGUGGAUGUAUCCUUCCCAUCCCUUUCCUGUGCUGCUCCUAACUUGCCAUCCCUUCAGUUGAGGCCUUAGGGGGAGUGCUAAAAGGCCCCGCAGAAGAAGUUCCAGCAGUUAGAUUCAGAAGAACGGUGAAGGUGAUCUUCUGGAGAAGAAAAUUCUGUUUCAGAGAAAGGAAAUCAGGUGCAGACUGCAUGCUUUGACCAGAGCAGGGCAGUGUUUCUUCUGGUUCUGUUGCACUGUGAAAAGGGCACAGAGCUUGUCUUGAGUGUCCUUGAGCAAUACCUAGGAUCCUGGAGCAAGAGGUCUCUGCCAUAGAUGUCCAUUUCCAUGUGCAUUUCUUGCCUUACAGCUGCCAAGUGGAGUAGGCUAGUAUUUGAAAGAAGCUUUUGUAGCCUCUCUUGUCUGUUGCAUCUAGUGCAAAAGUGCUACAGUCCUAGCAAGGGAGCUGCUCGCUACUCUUAAUCCUGUGCUUAGUGAGCCUUUUAGACCUUUCUAACCCACAGCUUGAUAUCUGUGUUAAAGCCAACCCAAUUUACGAAGGCAUUGUCUAAACACCUGCUUUUCUAACUGCUUUGUGUAGUGGUGUUUUAAACUUAAAUUUCUUGCACUCUGUACCAGCGGAGGAAUAAUCAUUGUCCAGGCAGCAGGGAUUCUUUCAAAACACCCACUGCCUCCGCUCACUGCUAAGGCGUGCCCUCCAUAAAAGCUGUUGCUUGUGUCUUGCUAUGUGGUGGCCUUGUUGCCUCUGGCACGCACACACAAGGACUAUAUGUCAGUAGGUGGCAGCGCACUAUGCUCUUUUUCAGCCUGGGGGUGUUUCUUGCCUUGAGCUUAAUAGCAAUUGGUUCUGCCUAGCUUUACCUUUUUAUGUCUGGAAGGCUUGCUUAAGCCUGAUGUCUGAUAGUUCUGCUCCUUAAUAUGCACAGGUUGGAAGAACUCUUUUUUUCUUUAUCUAAUUCCUCCAGGUCUCCCAUAAAAUGGAUUUGGCCGCUUGCAAUUUAGAUCUUCCAAACAGGCUCUCGUACUAACAUGGGUCUGUAAUAUCUUAAUAAACAUGCACACUGCAAAGCUCUUUAUAGUGGGUAAACAAGAGUUUUGCAACUUUCACUGUAGAAGUAGCUUCAGUUUAAACUGGAAAUAUUUGGAUAACCUCUAAACCUAAUGUGAACCAAAUACAUCCAGGCUGGGGGCAUCUGUUUGCUGGAGGUCUGUGCAGAAAGCCCUGCAGCUUCAAGCAGUCAUCACUUGGGAAUCACUGUCUAAGACCAGUGGAAACCCUGUUUUCAAACUAAACAUUUUAAAAAAAUCAUUGUGAAAGGAAAAUUUGAAAGGAAAUUGUAUUUUCAUAGAAUCUAAUAAAUGUAGU